CGCUAGCCGACGGCAGGUCCCGGAGCGGCAUAGAGUAUAAUUGCCAGGGUUUACCAGGAAUAUUGAGAAUCGGCCAAGUUGGCCUUCCCUAACGGUAGUAGUGCUACACUACAGGCAAGUAACUGCCUUGGCAUGGAACAAUGACCUCGGAAGCAAUGCGACUUAAUAAUCUGUAACGCUGCGACGUUAGUAUAUGAGCUCAACUAUAAAACAUGAUAGUGACCGGCUCCUAGAAGUUGGGGUUAUCAGUAUAUUUCGAGACCUCAUACGCGAGCCUACGAAUAAGAGUUGCUAAAACGCGAGAGUAAGUCGACACGAUUGAUUGCUUAGGUAACGACUUCACCAUGUCCGAUCCUGUCAUAAAGCCUGGAUCCCUCGUGCUCGUGACGGGCGUGAACGGGUUUAUCGGUAGUCAUAUCGCAGACCAGAUAUUGCACUACGGUUAUCGUGUUCGCGGCACUACUCGUAACAUUCCUAGGGAUCAAUGGCUGGAGGAAUUCUUCGAGAAAAAGUACGGUCCUGGGAAGUUUGAGUUGGUUGAAGUGCCCGAUAUGUUAGCGGAUGGUGCCUUCGAUGAGGUCGUCAAAGGGGUCUCUGGCUUGGUGCACGUCGCUGCGCCCGUGAUGAUAAGCCCCGAUCCUCAUGCCGUCAUACCUUUCGUUGUGGAUAGCACAAUGCGCAUCCUAGAGGCAGCCGCGAAAGAACCGGGAAUGAAAAGGGUCGUCCUAACCUCUUCCUCUGGAUCUUGCGCGUACCUUGACGGAACCCAAGUCUUCGCAAUCGAUUCAAACAUGUGGAACGAGGCUUGCGUCGAGGCGGCGUAUGCACCCCCACCAUAUGAAGGCAUGACACGUAUCGAGAAAGUCUACCAAGCGAGCAAGACUAAACAGGAGCAGGAGGCAUGGAAGUGGGUGCGAGAGCACAAGCCGUCCUUUGUCUUCAACGCGGUCUUACCCAACGCCAACUUAGGACCUCCGCUCGACGUAGUCCACCAGGGCUAUCGGAGCACGAUUGAUUGGAUCAAGACCGCUUUUGAGAAAGGGGAAAACCUGAAAGUAAAGGAAGACUUGUUCGGAUUUUCGCCGCAGUACUAUGUCGACGUCCGCGACAACGCCGCAGUGCACGUCGCCGCGCUAGUGUAUCCCGACGUGGAGGGUGAGCGCUUAUUCGCCUUUUCCCAGCCCUUUAACGCGAACGAUAUCUUGAAGACCUUGAAGAAAAUAUAUCCGGACCGCAAGUUUGCCGAGGAAGAGCCUAACGCAGCAGUAGAAAGGAGUACAGUUACCAAUGGAAGAGCCGAGGAGCUUCUUAAGAGAAUCACCGGGCACGGGUGGACAAGUUUUGAAGAUAGUAUUAGGGAUGCUGCUAAGGGAUUGUCUGGUUAGAUGUUAGGGGUUGCCAUGGUAUUACUGCACUUUCUCAGAUUAAGAAACCCCGGUCGAUUGCAAAGCACAGGAGAAAAGAGUUCACAA